AUCCACAUCACAAAAAACAUCUUUGUGCUUGGCGAGUCAUUUGAAAAAAAUGGUAGGGAUGUGGUCUAUGAUUAGGCAGCUCGAUCAAACAAAAACAACAUGGGCCAUAAAGGCCCGGGCUACAAGGGUUUACCGAGAACCCGCACAUGAUGGUUUUCCCCCUUCUAUGGAAGUCAUAUUCCAUGAUGAAGAGGGUUCUAAGAUUCACAGUCACAUCCCUGAUCAAUUCAUUGCAAAAUUUUUUGGGCUGUUCAGGGAAGGCCGUGUGUAUGCUAUAAAAAAUUUUAUGGUGGAAGAAAAUUUCAUGUUUUUCAAAACCACUACAAGCGCUUAUAGGCUACGCUUCUUCAAAAAGAGUGAGGCAUUUGAAAUCAAGGUUCCGUUUCCCUUGAGGACAUUUUCGUUGGUGUCCUUCGCUGCAUUGCAAGCGCAAGACACUAUCGACGACAGGGCAGCGAUUGAUAUCAUUGGACAAGUCGUUCAUGACAAGGAUCCCAAGACAAUUCUAAAAAACGAUCGCCCUAAAAAAUUGGUUGAGCUAAUCCUUGGAGAUACAGAGGGCAAUGUCAUUGGAUGCACUCUUUGGGGUCCUAUGGUUGAUAUGUUGUUGUCGUACAAACUAACUACGGGCGAACCCAUAGUCAUGUUGCUUCAAUGCUGCAGGGCUAAAAAAUACCAAGGGCAAGUGCAUGUAUCCAACAUGUUUAAUACAACCAAGGUUAUUCUUAACGGUGUGGAGGAUGAGUUCAACGACUUUAAAACAAAAAUGGCUUCCAGAUGUGGGGAAGGCUUGAGCUUCACAAUUGCAUCUGAUACCUCAAAUGACGCUGACAUUGGUUCGGGUCAGAUUCAGUUGGUAACUAUUGAGCAACUCACUAAAAUGGAAGAGGAUGGAAAGCACUGGAUAUAUGGAGAGAUUGCUGGCAUUGAUAACCACAAAGAGUGGUCUUAUGUUUCGUGCAUUGGUUGUAACCGUAAAGUGACUCCCAAUGGUGACGGGUUUCAAUGCCUCUCUUGCAAUUCCUCAGACGCUGUUUUGAGGUACAAGGUCAACAUUCGAGUGGUCGAUACAACUUCGCACGCGUCCUUUCUGCUCUGGGACAGAGAGGUGUCGUGCUUGAUUGGGCGAUCUGCUACGUCGUUGAAAGAACAAGUAAAUAAGAGGAAUUUUGGACCCAAUUAUUUCCCUUCCGAGAUCAAUGCCUUGAUGGACAUCAAGGCCCUGUUCCGCGUUCAAUAUAAACGUGACAGCAGAAAUUUCAAGGGUAAUCAGACCUACAGCGUUCUUAGAAUGAAUACUGACCCUAGAGUUAUCUCACUCUAUGUGACGGAGACCACAUCAACAGAGGAGGAGGAUGAUUUUUAUCUGUUGAAGAGGGAGUUUGGUGGUGGAGAAAGGGUUGUGUCUUCAGAGCAGGUAAAUUCGAACAGUCCAUUAUUACUGGACAAGGAGCAGAGAAGUGCCCUGGAAGUUGAUACCGAGAGGAUCAAGAGGAAUCUGUUUGGGGAAUCAUCGUCAACCGAGGCAACUAAAAACGUGCCACCCAAAAAGAUGAAGGGAAUCAAGAUCGAGGGAUCUAAAAAGUAAUGCUAUCCUAAGGAUUAGUAAUAAGUUUGGGGUUUGCGUUGGAUAUUAAUAAGUGUUUUGGGGAAGACCUUAAAUAAAACCUGCAAGGUGGAGAAUGUUAUCAAGAAAAGAUAUGAUGCGAUACAUGUGGUCAACGUCUCCAAUGUUACCCUUUUUUUGUAUUUUGUUAGCUAUUAACACACUACCUAAAGUGUGAUAUUUAUAACGCAGAUACCCCCUCCUAUCCUACUGAAUGAUGCAUAUCUAAGUUGAAAUAUGUGUGUUCCAUAUUAAUGUAUGAACGCCAUCUAAUGUAAAAUAUAUAAUAAAUGUAUGAACUCUAUGUUGGGUCUAUGUAUUUUACUCCAAUAUUAAUGUAUGGUUGCGAUGUAAUGUAAAAUAUUUAUGGGUAAUUUUGUGUGCUG